UCCCCGCGGGAUCCGAGGUGAAAAAGGAAGAAAUUUUUGAAGUCAAAUGAUGUCUCCCAAGACACGAGUCAAUGAUUCACAUUAAAAUAAUGAAACCCAGUAAUGUAUGUCAGAAAUUUCUUUUACAUAGAAUCAAGAUCCAAGUACCUUCACCAAUCAAUACAUUUUCGGUGGAAAUAAAUGACUUCACACAGUGCACCCACCGACCAUUUUCUUUAUAAAAAAUGAGGCAAUCCCUCCGAUUGUUAUGCAGCAGUAAUUUUGGGGUGUGGGGCCGUGGAAUGGGGUUGGGGUUUCAGCACAAAUUAGUGUAAAGGGUACUUUCAUAUGCUGCUAAAAGAUUUAAGAUUCAAGAUUCAAAAAUGGUGAAUUGGGAGCUGAAGCAUUGUUGCAAUAGAGAGCAAGUGGUCUUCCUCACCACCUUGUCUGUCUGUGCUGUUGUCAUCCUCGCCUUAUGGAGGACUGUGCUGCUGAUGCCGUUCAAGCUUGUGACUGUAUUUAUUCACGAAGUUAGUCAUGCUAUUGCUUGCAAACUUACGUGUGGCCACGUUGAAAGCAUACAAGUUCAUGCAGAUGAAGGUGGCGCCACACAAACACGUGGUGGUGUAUAUUGGUUCAUCUUGCCUGCUGGAUAUCUUGGUUCAUCAUUCUGGGGAAUGGUUUUGAUACUUGCAUCCACAAAUCUACUCGCUGCAAGAAUUGCUGCCGGAUGUUUAGCUGUUGCUCUUGUGGUUAUGUUUUUCGUGGCUAAAAAUUGGACUCUUCGGUGGAUUUGUAUUGGAUUUAUCUUGUUCAUUCUUGUUGCAUGGGUUCUUCAAGAAACCACACGAAUUAAAAUCCUUCGCUACAUUAUUCUGUUCAUUGGUGUUAUGAAUAGCCUAUUCUCUGUAUAUGAUAUAUACGGUGAUCUGAUAUCUCGAAGAGUUCAUAUUAGUGAUGCCGAGAAAUUUGCAGAAGUUUGUCCGUGCCCUUGUAAUGGCGUUGGAUGGGGUGUUAUUUGGGGAUUUGUUUCUUUCUUAUUCCUUUGUGGGGCGAUGUAUAUUGGUCUCGUAAUCUUAAGGAUGCCGGUGAAGAAUUUUCGAUGAAGAAGUGAAUCCCAGGGUUCGUGAAAAUGGGGGGUGAUUUGGAAUCAUUUUGGGGUUUCUCAAUUGCUGUUAUGUGGUUCUAAUUGGGGAUUUGAGUUUUUGAUUUGGAGGAGGAGAAAACAUUAUUUAAAUAGUUAAAAGGAAAAUGCCACUUCAUUAUUAGUGUUUUUGUGUAGCUUUCCACAAAUGAUGACGUGUUUUGCCACGUUGGAUUUCUAUCCGACAUGUGGAGUUUUUUGUCCAGCUGGAGAGGGGGAAGUGAGAUGAGUGACGGAUGGAUAAUGUUAUGUAUAGUUGAGUGAGUACUUAGUAACCCUUUAUAGUUUAGUGAGCAAGUAGUAACAAAUACAAAUAUCAGUGAGCAAUCAUUUAAUUAACUCGAUAUAGUUAGGUUGUGAGCUUUUGAGCAUAGGGGCAUACUUAAUAACAGAAAUUCUGCGUUGAGCUAAAAAUUAAGUUAAAAUGAAUUAUAAGGACUUAGAGCUUUAAUCCUGCUUUCCCGCUUCAAUCAAAAAGAGGGAAGAAAAUUUCCAUUAGCAAGGUGUUCUAGGGAAAGAGUAGCGAUCUUCUUGUUCUUGUAUGGCUCUAGUUGGAUUCACAUAGAUAUUCAACCAUGUGGUACUUUAUUGUAUGAUCUGUGACUCUUAUGCCCUCAUCCCAAUCGUCCCGUGGAGGAAUAUGUGCAUCUACCAUUUUAUCUGCAUAAACAUCAUAAUCUGCUUCCAGAAAGCCAUACGGUUUGAAAGAAGCUUGUACAGUUUGGGAAGGGUUUCGACCCUUCCAAAGAGAAAGCAGGCAUACUUUAUUAUAUGGAACAGAAAAUGAAUGAGUUAGGACCAAGAGACCCUUUAUAUGGAUUUUAAUAGUUAACAAUAGAUAUUGUGAAUUAUUAUGAUCACAUGUUGUGAUGAAUGUAUUCGAUA